CCCCGUCAACGGCGAGCGGUCGCCCCGCUUGGGUCGCUAUCUCCAGUAUGGUCGCGGCCGACCAAUAUUCCGGCGGGAGCCGGGGUAGCCGAAGCCAUACAGCGGCCGUUUUCACAGGCACCUCCCCCGGCACAAACUCCGGCAUCCACGGCUCCAUGGCGAGGAGUUGCCCCGCCACCACCCAUGGGCCGCCAUUAAGCACUCUGUCCCGGUCGGCCGUCGACCCAAAUCUCAGGGCAAGGUGGUCAUCGGCAAGCGGCACCGCCUCCACCUUCCCUGCCAAUCUUCCUCGGGUGGCCACAUCCUUGGCCACCCACUCGGCCGGCACCCAACGGCCGAGGCUGCGGACCACCACCGAGAGGCCGUCCCACUCCCUGCGAGCGGCCUCAAUGGGCGCCUCCGACGGCUCGAAAACCGUCGGAAAGCGGCGACUCAACCGAGCCACAUCCGCUUCCGAGGGCCAGUGAGUCACCCAUGGCCCCAGCUUCGCCGGAGCCCUAGAUGUCUCCCCCCGUCCCGCAAGGUUUUUACCCUUACCUUUGCCCAUACCUUUGCCGGCCACCACCGCCGCGUAUGUCCUUGUCCCCGAAGGGCCCGCCUGUUGAUCCAUCGGCAUAGCUCCGGCGGGGCUUGUCCCCGGACCUUCGCCCGUUCCUUUGCCCGCCACCGCUGCCGCAUCUAUCGUUGUCCCCGAAGAGCCCGCCUGCUGAUCCAUCGGCGCAGCUCCGGCGAAUCUUGUCCCCAGACCUGCACACAGAGAGUUAGAGAAAAACAGAGAUAUCAGGGAAGAAAAGACGGCCCCUCCUCAGCCGGCAGUAAGUUCCCGUGCCCCCCCACGGAGGAAGCCUCGCCGAGGGCCGCCGGUGACCUCGCCGGAGAAGCAGGUGGCCGUGCGGACUAGCCGUUAGGCUGCAGAACAACUAGGGACAGUAGCCGUUGAGUGGCUUCUCUCUCUAGAACCAGAGUUUCUCUCUCUGGACAGUAGCCAGUGCGUCCCACUCUCUCUAUUCGGAGGUCCAUCAGCGGUCCCUGAAGUAAAUCCUUUAUGCAUCUGAAUGUGAGCGAGGGAGCAGCAAUAAUGAGAAAAAUCCUUUUUAAAAGAUGAUUUUUCUUACAUGGGCUGCUACGACGCGAAGGUCUCGGCUCUUCCUCUGCGACUCCCGACCCCGCUUCAGCUCCAUACCUCUCCGAUUGGCAUCCCGUUGAAGACUUCCAGAAACCCUAAUAAAUAUCCGCUGCGAAACCCUGGGCCAUCCUCCUCCUCCUCCUCCUCCUCCUCGUGCCCUGUCCAGCCUUCAAAACGAGCAAAUUCUGGCGUGAACCGCCGAAAGUUCUGGGUAUUUUGAUCAUCGCAUCCCAACCCGCAAACUCUCUCUUUCUGCCUGGCCCAAGAGCUAACCAUCCUAGUAUUUUUCUUUUUCGUAAUCGCUUAUUUGGUUUGCAUUUAUUUCCCUUUUUUAUUCCUUGAAAAAGUUUGAUGGUCAGGCAUAAAAUUUUCGUAGGUAGGAGGCGUGGCAUUUCGAGAUUCGGCAAGUUUCCUGCUGUAAGCGUAUUUUCUCAACUGCCGGCAACACCAUGCAGUGAUACAGCCAAACUAAUUGAUCAACAUGCUAUAUCAGUAUAUCUGAAGAAUCUUGGGAUACACAAAUGGAUGAUCCUUCCAUUCGAGAAAAUGGAAGCACCUUCUCGUUGUGCCGACAGGAUUGGAUUGAGUAUACCUUUGCCUUUAAUUCCUAACUUAACUCUGUUAAUGAAUGGGUGGUGCUUUUGUUGCAGCAAGGAUCUGCAGAGCUUGCUUGUAUUUAUUCUUGUUUUGUUGACAAGUUACUUGGCAUGCAGAGCACAGGAUCUGCUCAAGGGAAAACUGAUUGUUGAAGAUGAUUUCACAUGGAUAAUACCAUCACAUGACUCAAGUUCACUAGAAGGUUUUAAAACUGAGAAGCUAAAGUAUAUUGGUGGGGUUGAUAUCAGCUUCUUAAAAGAGGACCCUUCUACAGCAUGUGCUGCUCUCGUAAUUCUGGAUGCUGAUACUUUGAAUGUCGUCCAUGAAGAGUUUGAUGUUACCAAACUGCAAAUUCCUUAUGUUCCUGGUUUUCUUGCUUUUAGAGAGCCGACAAGACUUGGGUUGGAUGGCCGGCACACCUCUCCUCAUUGGAGAGAAGCUCCAAGUUCAGAUCCUCAUGGAUUUAGAAUUUUCAUGAAGCAACACUCCCAUCGUCAUUCUCAAAAAUUCAUACUUAUGCAUUAACGAUCAAUGUAACCAGAUUUUCCUCUGUUCUGUAGGAAAAGUAUUGACGAUGUAUAAAUCGCCUGGAAAAUUAUGUUGCUUGUUCUUGGAUCAAUAAUGUUUUGUGAUGUAGUUUCUAUUGCACAUAGAUCAACGUGAUGCACAUGCCUAAAUCCAGUUAUAGAAUGAUAUGAAUGGCCUGUCUAAGCAACUCUACCACCUCUUGUUGUUUUAGAACUUGCAAAUUUGCAAUACUUUAUGUAUUUUGACAUGCACAUCAAUUUUAUUAUAUAAGAUUUUCUCCUGCAGUCUCAAGGACAUGAGGUGAUCAUAGAAUGCCUUAGUAGCACCUCUUCAGGUUAUCCACUUUACCAAGUUCUAAAUGUCUUAAUUUAUUGGCCGACAUGAUUAUUUAUAGAUAUGACAGCAAAAACUGUCAUUGCAAGGCACUCCUGUCCCAUAAGCAUCAUAUGCUUCUCACUUUUAUUAGCAAUCCUACUAUAUUGAAUUGCACAUAUUACGGUUUAGUUCUUUCCAGGUUCUUAUCUUCCAAAGACUUCCUUUAGAAUGCCAUCAGUCAAGUCAUCCAAUGAAAUGCUAAGAAAUAAUAGCUUGAUUUUGACCCUUGGUCGGGGUUCAUCACAAAUGGAAACUCAUUAGUCAGCCCACAACUAUUUCAUAUAUGCUAUCUCAUGCAUUUAUUUAUGUAUUUUAUGUGUAUCAUAAACUUCUCUAAAUCAAAAGCGUGAUGCAUAAUGUUUUUCUUAUCUAUAAAUCUAUCCUUAACCCAAGGAUGAAACUUGUCUAAAUAGGCAACCUCUUUAGUUACAAUUCUAUAUAGCUGUUUUUUCAUUUAUUCUUCAAGUGUUCAGUUCCCCACCGAUGGAAGCAUAACCUCUUUCCCGCAAUUGCGUUUUCUAUUAGUUGAUGAUGCAUCUAGAUCCUUUUCCUGCAUAUUACCACUUAUCAGAAUUUGUUGAUU